AUGGCCGCCAACCGGCGCGUACGCACACUGCUGCUCGCGCUGAUCGCGCUUCUCUUGACCCUCUCGUUCGCCUUUGCCGUGGCGGCCACGGCGUCGCGGGCAUGGGUCUGGCGCAAGGAAUUCGACGAAGACGGGCAACCGACGGGACGACUCUUCUGGCGCGCACCGCUGGGCUACUGCCAGGUGCUGCAGUCGGGGGCUGCGCCGUCGUGCCACCGCAGCAGCAAGCCCGCCAAAUACUGCUACCUAACGGCCCGAGACAGCGCUCCCGAGUGCGCGCUACUGCGCCUGGCCGGCCAGCUGCUCAUCGCCGGCUGCGUGCUGCUCGGCGUGUCGAUGGUUGUGAGCGUCGCCAGCGUCACCCUGCAGCGUCUUGUCAGCAGGCGCUCGGUUGCUGGCGCGGCGGGAGCCGUGCUGCUUGGCCUGGCGGCUCCGGCAGCCUUUGUAUGCAUGGCGGUUGCACAUCUCACCGGUGGCUUCGUGCUACUCGCCAUGCAGUUUCCCAACGGUGAAACGGGCACCGCGGACAAUGACCAGCUGUCGUCCAUGUGGGUGGGCGACAAGGGGUUGGUAUAUGUUGCCGCCUCGUGGACCAUUGCCGGCUUUGCGUCACUGCUGAUUGUCACUGAAGCCGGAGUGAUGCGCCCGGCGCUCGAGGCCAUUGAAGAGGCUCUUCCACCGCCGCCACGACGACCCGCUUGCUGCACCUUUGGAGGCUAG